AAUGACUCAUAUUGAGUGAUGGUCAUGGGGACCUUGUAAAUUACAAACAAUUGCAGAUAAGAAUUCUGAUAUAAAAAGAGAAAAUUGAAAUAACUGAUCAAAUAACUGACUACAUAAAUCAUCGAACAAAUCAUGAGGAUUUUUAUUUCAGUAUUGUUACUUGGAACACUAACCCUGACGCAUGCAUUGCAAGGGGUGUCGACAACAGAACACUUCAACAACUCCCUAACUUUAGACAGAGAGGGGAACUACCUUUUAUUCUGGAACUAUAAUACCACCCACGUGACGUUUGAAGUAAGGGUCAAGACAAGGGGCUAUGUUGGUUUCGGUCUUUCACCGAAUGGGAACAUGUAUCCAGCCGAUGUUGUUGUUGGUUGGGUCAAGGAUGGACAAGUCCAUUUUCAGGAUCGUCAUACAACCGGUCACUACACACCAACUGUAGACAAGUCACAGGACUGGUUCCUGCUACAUGGAGAAGAAAAUGACUUUGGAACCGUUCUUAAGUUUGUAAGAAAACUCAGCACAUGCGACCAGAAUGAUAUGGAAAUUAAUAAUGGAACCCAAAGAGUUAUCUACUCCUAUCACCAUGAAGAUCCAGCAGACGAGAACAGUUUAGCAUAUCAUGGCGCUGAGAGACGGGGAACGAAAAGUGUGAAUCUCCUAAAUGUCAAUAAACCGCCGGAAACUGUCUCUUUCGAAGAAGUUAAAGUGUAUGAUUUCACAGCCGGAAAUUAUUUGGUUCCAGACAAAGAUACAACAUAUCUAUGUGUUGCUAACCAAAUGCCAGAUCUUGGAGGAAAACACCAUAUGAUUGAGUUUGAGCCAAUUUACACACCUGGAAAUGAGCACAUGAUACAUCAUCUGGUAAUUCAAAGAUGUCCUGGUAAACACCCAGACCUUCACAAUGCUAAAGGCGAAUGUUUCACUAACUGGCCGAAAGGAUGGCCGUAUUGUCCUGAAAUAUUUAUUGGUUGGGCAACUGGAGGUGGGCCAUAUUAUUUCCCACCAAACACCGGAUAUCCGGUUGGCGGCCCUGACGAUUAUUCGUUUAUGGUGAUGCAGAUCCAUUACGACAAUCCUUCAUUUAAAUCAGGGAUGAUUGACAACUCUGGUAUACGUAUGCGCCUAACUCCUAAACUACGACAGCAUGAUAUAGGAUCACUCGUAAUUGGCCACAAUGUGGCGCCGUUCCAGGUCAUUCCGCCGCACGAGACGGCCUAUGUGACCAAAGGUUAUUGCGCACAUCAGUGCCUAAGUGAGGCGAUGGAUGGUGAACAUGUGGAUGAAAUAAGAGCCGUUUCCGUCAUGCAUCAUGCGCAUCUAUACGCUUCCGGUAUGAAAACGAGGCACUUCCGGAAUGGAACGGAACUAAAACCUAUAUAUGAUGAUCCAAACUACGACUUCUAUUUUCAAGAAUUUGUUUCUUUGAAAGACGAAGUGGUCAUUAAAAGGGGUGACAGUUUGAGAACAGAAUGUACGUACACAACGUCAAGGAGCACCGAUCCUGUCUUUGGUGGACUGACGACGAGGGAAGAGAUGUGUGAAACCUUUCUAUACUACUAUCCAAAACUGGACAUACUCGUAUGUACCUCGUUCCCUGCGAUGUGGACUAAAUACAAUUACACACGCGGCGAAGAUGACUGGGGUGAGGGUCCUGGCAGCUUUAAAUAUGUUAUGAAGCAUGCGUAUGACUGGUCGAACAGCACAGAACGUAGUCUGUUUAAACUUGAACAAGAGAAUGUCUCUGUUUACCAUACGUGUAGUUUCAACUCGCAUAAUGGCACUAACCGCCACGAUCAUAGAGAAUGGGAAUUUGUGGAACACGACACAGAUUAUAUUUCAUAUGUGCCGCCAAAAUCAGAUUGUGACAUUGCUAACUGAAUGUUGUCUCUAUAUAGACAUCUUCUACAUUUCGUUUCGUCUAGAAAUUCAAGAGAAAUUCAUCUUUAUACAUAAGGGAAAUGUGUUCUUUUGCGAAUAUGGAUUAUAUCUUACUGAGUUUGUUUUACGAGCCCGACCGAAAAUGUAAAAAUUGUCUUACCUCAAAUUGAGACAUAUUCCAUCUUCACGAAAAAUAAUCAAUUUUACUUUUUAUUUCAUACUAAUUGAUGAAAAACUAACAAAGAUAUAAACGGAAACGUUAUCUUUCACAGAACGAGUGAUUUUGUAUAUAUUUCACUGAUAAAAUACAGUGUAUCCUUUAAUCAGCUGCUAUCGGCAGCAUAAUGACAUUGAUUUUACUUAAUUUACAGGAUUGUUUGUCUUUGAAAAAAAAACCCAGCUAAAUCUACAUAAAUUGUCAUAAAUAUAAUGAUAAUAAAACGUUAUAAGAAAAAGUCGACUGUCUUAUUCAAUAAUUUUGUUCAUCAAUACUUAUACUUUAUAAUACUUGUACUUUUUAUUUGACAUUCUGUUCGACUUAUUUGUAAGUGAUUGCAUACCAUUCUCUUUGUACUGUUAUUAUUAAAAACUUUAAUACUUUGUCAA